AACGACGAACAGGGAAGGAUGAUGAAGCUAAAAUGGCAGCUCAACUGACGGUGCUGCCAAUUCGUUGUGAAGAAAUACACAAGGAACAAACUAGAACAAAAGGCGAUAUGACACAUUUUCUUUGAUAUUCUUUGCUUUAAUCCCGAAUUAAAAGACGAUAUGGUUUGAGAUUCGGAAUUCCGGGAAAGAAAGAACGAUUCGACGCUCUGAAAUUAGAAGCAUAUUUCCCAGUUGCAUCGCGCGGGCUAAAUUUUUUUAUGUUUUUGGAAGAUACACUGGGAUGUAACAAUUCUGUUGUUUUUGCAGUACAGGAUGGACAAAUGACGCGAAAUAUAGGCUUUUAAAAUGACCGUUGAGAUAUAAUUGAAAACUAUCUAAUUGUUUUUUAAAUGUAAUAUAUGCAUUGUUCUCCAAAACGAUGAUGUGUGCUGCUGCUGCAGCCGGUGGAGGGAUUCUUCCAUCCACAUCGCCUUCGAUGAGGAUAGGCAUCAGGGUCAUUUCUGGAGUUGGUGACGAUUUCUCCUCCAUUGGGUCGGGUAUGGGUUCGUGUCAAACACCGGGAACCCAGUCGGAUUGCCGAAGUCGGUACCAGCUUCUACUCUCUGGGCGAGCUUUGGCGGAAAGAUACAGGAGGAUUUAUACCACGGCUAUCAAUGACAAAGAGCAAGGGAUAAACCAAGGAAGGGGAAAGAAAACGUUGAGCAAGAAGAAGCUGAAACGGCGCCAAAAGGUCAAGUCAAAAGUCAAAACAAGAACCAAGACGGAUAACCUCGAUGGGGCCUUCUGUGUGCCGGACAUCAAGCUGCACAGCAACCCAUCGGCGUUCAAUGUGUACUGCAACGUGCGCCACUGCGUGCUGGACUGGCAGCAGCGGGAGUCGUCCCUGGCCUCACAAAGCUCCGUGCAGAGCGGUGACUCUGACAGCGAGGAGGAGGAGGAAUACCGUGAGCCCGCCAUCAAGCUGCCCAAGAUCAUUGGCAUCGGUCUGUGUGGGGUGUUUGAGCUGAUCAAGGAGACGCGGUUCUCCCACCCUUCCCUUUGUCUGCGCAGCCUUCAGGCCCUGCUUCAUAUGCUGCAGGGACAACAACCAGAGGGCUUCCAGACGGAACCUCCUGAUGUACUGGAGUCUCUGUUCCAACUGCUGCUGGAGACAACAGUGCGCAGCACGGGGAUGAACGACCCUACUGGGCAGGCCCUCACCGCCCUGUCCUGUGCCUGCCUCUUCAGCCUGGUGGUGUCCUGGGGAGACACGGGCAAGACCCUGCAGGCCGUCUCCGCCAUCCUCACCAACAACGGCAGUCAUGCCUGCCAGACUAUCCAGGUGCCGACCAUUCUGAACGCGCUACAGAGGAGCGUGCAGGCUGUGCUGGUGGGCAAGAUCCAGAUCCAGGACUGGUUCGGCAACGGCAUCAAGCGGGUGGCGCUGAUGAACAAGUGGGUGUUGAAGGAGGUGACGAUCGACGAGGAUGAGCGCUGCCUGCUGCAGACCGAUGGCUCCUUCCUCUACCUGCUCUGCAAGGACGGCCUCUACAAAGUGGGCUCCGGCUACAGCGGCACUGUCAGGGGCCAUGUGUAUAAUUCCACAUCACGCAUCAGGAAUCGGAAGGAGAAGAGAUCGUGGUUGGGUUUUGCUCAGGGCUGCCUGUUGUACCGGGAUAUGAGUAACAACCACAGUACGUCGGCCAUCAAGAUCAACCCAGAGACUCUGGAGCAUGAGGGAACCAUCACCAUGCCAGGCCUACAGGCAGACGGCCAGAACAUAGUCUUCACUGACGGAGAGUACAUCAACCAGAUUGCUGCCUGCAAAGAUGAUGGGUUUGUGGUGAGGAUAUACGCGACCAGUACGGACCCGGCACUGCAGCAGGAGCUCCAGUUGAAACUGGCCAGGAAGUGUCUCCAUGCCUGCGGCAUCUCUCUAUUUGACCUGGAGAAGGACCUACACAUCAUUAGUACGGGGUUUGACGAGGAGGCAGCAUUGCUGGGAGCAGGCAGGGAAUUUGCUCUGAUGAAAACAGCCUCAGGAAAGGUCUACUACACAGGGAAGUACCAGAGCCUGGGCAUCAAGCAGGGUGGUCCGUUGGCAGGUAAAUGGGUGGAACUGCCCAUCACCAAGUCACCUAAGAUCGUCCAGUUCUCCGUGGGCCACGACGGCUCACACGCCCUGCUGGUGGCAGAGGAUGGCAGCGUGUUCUUUACUGGCUCCGCGAGCAAGGGAGAAGAUGGAGAGUCCACCAAGAGCCGGCGCCAGCCGAAGCCCUACAAGCCCAAGAAGAUGAUGAAGCUGGAGACCAAGACGGCGGUGAACACGGCUUGCAACAACGGCAGCAGCAGUAUCGUCACCAAGGAUGGAGAGCUAUACAUGUUCGGCAAGGACGCUAUUUACAGCGACAGCACCUGCCAGGUGUCAGACCUGAAGGGUCACAUUGUAACCCAGGUAGCCAUGGGGAAGGCCCACACCUGUGUCUUGACUAAGAGUGGAGAGGUCUGGACGUUUGGGGUCAACAACAAGGGCCAGUGUGGCCGAGAAACAGGGGCCAUGAACCAGGCGGGGAAAGCAUUUGGCGUGGAAAGCAUGGCGACGGCCAUGGAUGAGGACCUGGAGGAUGAGCUGGAGGAGAAGGAGGAGAAGAGCAUGAUGUGCCAGCCGGGCAUGCACAAGUGGAAGCUGGAUCAGUGCAUGGUGUGCACCGUGUGUGGAGACUGCACCGGCUAUGGAGCCAGCUGUGUCAGCAGCGGGCGGCCCGACAGAGUACCCGGAGGUAUCUGUGGCUGUGGUUCUGGGGAGUCUGGCUGCUCAGCGUGUGGCUGCUGCAAAGCCUGCGCCAGGGAGCUUGAUGGACAGGAGGUCAGACAGAGGGGCAUCUUUGACGCUGUCAAGGAGAUGAUACCACUCGAUCUACUACUAGGAGUCAACAUCGAAGAGCACAUCCAGAUCCGGCAGGAGGAGAAACGUCAGCGGAUCAACCGCCGACACCGGCUGGAAGAGGGACGAGGCCCCAUUGUUUUCCCUGGCCCCAUAUUAAUGAACCAGCGUGAGCAGGCCCUAGUCAGACUCAGACCCCUAAGGCAUAAGCGGGACAAGCACACAGACGGGAACAGUGAGAGAGGGGAAAAGGACGCCAGUAAGAUCACCACUUAUCCCCCGGGGGCGGUGCGCUUCGACUGCGAGAUGAGAGCUGUGCAGGUUAGCUGCGGAUUCCACCAUUCAGUGGUGCUGAUGGAGAAUGGGGAUGUCUAUACGUUUGGCUACGGUCAGCAUGGCCAGCUUGGACACGGAGACGUCAACUCAAGGGGUUCUCCCACGCUGGUGCAGGCCCUCCCAGGUCCGAGUGUCCAGGUGACAGCUGGUAGUAACCACACAGCUGUGCUCCUCAUGGACGGACAAGUCUUCACCUUCGGCAGCUUUUCGAAAGGGCAGCUGGGUCGGCCAAUCCUGGAUAUGCCCUACUGGAACGCCAAGCCUUCCCCCAUGCCCAACAUUGGUGCCAAGUAUGGCCGCAAGGCCACCUGGAUCGGGGCCAGUGGGGACCAGACCUUCCUGAGGAUCGACGAGGCCCUAAUCAACUCGCACGUCCUUGCUACCUCCGAGAUCUUUGCUAGCAAACACAUCAUUGGCUUAGUCCCCACCUCAGUGUCGGAGCCUCCCCCCUUUAAAUGCCUGCUGAUCAACAAGCUGGAUGGCAGCUGUCGCACCUUCAAUGACUCAGAGCAGGAGGACCUGCAGGGCUUCGGCCUCUGUCUUGACCCAGUCUACGACGUCAUCUGGAGAUUUCUGCCGGCAUCGAGGGAGAUGUGGUGCUACAACGCCGUGAUUGCCGAUGCCCGUGUGCCCUCGGCCACGGACCUCCAGGCCAGCUGCAGCAUCCUCAGCCCAGAGCUGGCACUGCCCGCCGGCUCCCACACCACCACCACCCGCUCCCACGGAGCCCUGCACAUACUGGGUUGCCUGGAUACGCUGGCGACCAUGCAGGAGCUGAAGAUGGGUGUGACCAGCACAGAAGAGGAGACUCAGGCCGUUAUGAAGGUCUACUCCAAAGAAGACUACAGCGUGGUCAACCGCUUUGAGAGUCACGGGGGUGGCUGGGGUUACUCGGCCCACUCGGUGGAGGCCAUCCGCUUCUGUGCUGAUGCGGACAUCCUGCUGGGGGGGCUGGGCCUGUUCGGGGGCCGUGGGGAGUACACCGCUAAGAUCAAGUUGUUUGAGCUGGGGCCUGAUGGUGGAGACCAUGAGACAGAUGGGGACCUCAUGGCUGAGACUGACGUCCUGGCCUACGACUGCGCUGCCAGGGAGAAGUACGCCAUGAUGUUUGACGAGCCGGUGCUGCUGCAGCUUGGCUGGUGGUAUGUGGCCUGGGCCCGGGUGUCUGGGCCCAGCUCAGACUGUGGCUCUCACGGACAGGCCACCAUCACCACAGAUGACAGUGUGGUCUUUCAGUUCAAGAGUUCCAAGAAGUCAAACAACGGUACCGACGUGAAUGCAGGUCAAAUACCUCAGCUAUUGUACAGACUUCCGUCGAACGAUGGCAACGCAGCCAAAGGGAAACAGCAGACCAGUGAGCCGGUUCACAUCCUCAAACGCUCCUUCGCCCGAACCGUCUCAGUGGAGUGUUUUGAGUCCCUGCUGAGGAUCCUCCACUGGAGCUGGACCACCCUGGUGCUGGGGGUGGAGGAGCUGAGAGGCCUGAAAGGCUUCCAGUACACGGCUACCCUGCUGGACCUGGAGCGUCUGCGCUUCGUAGGGACCUGCUGCCUUCGCCUGCUCCGUGUCUAUAUCUGUGAGAUCUUCCCCAUCUCUGCCAGCACCAAGGCGGUGGUGGAGGAGUCCAGCAAGCUGGCGGAGUGCGUGGGCAAGACCCGUAGUUUGCUCAAGAAGAUCCUGUCAGAGGGCAUGGACAACUGCCUGACCAAGCUGGACAACGACCCCCAGGGCUACCUCUCCCAGCCCCUCACCCUGCUGGAGGCCGUGCUGCAAGAGUGCCACAACACCUUCACCGCCUGCUUCCACUCCUUCUACCCCACGCCUGCGCUGCAGUGGGCCUGCCUCUGCGACUUGCUCAACUGCCUUGACCAGGACAUUGCCGAGGCCAAUUUCCGCACAUCGAGCAGCCGACUGUUAGCGGCGGUGAUGUCUGCGCUGUGCAACACAUCAGUCAAGCUGACGUCCAUCUUGCCCAUUGCGUACGACGGCGAAGUGCUGCUGCGCUCGCUGGUCAAACAGGUCAGCACGGAGAACGACUCGGCGCUCGCCCAUCGCUUCCCCCUGCUGGUUGCACACAUGGAGAAACUCAGCCACACAGAGGAGAACCUGAUGGGGAUGACAAGUUUCAGGGAGGUUCUCGAGAAGAUGCUGGUGAUUGUAGUGCUGCCAGUGAGGAAGAGCCUGAGAAAGGAGGUGGAGCUCUUCUCUCCCCACCUGGUCUCCAACACCUGUGGCCUGCUGGCCAGCAUAGUCUCUGAGCUCACAGCCUCUGCACUGGGCUCCGAGGUGGACGGUCUAAACUCGCUUCACUCUGUGAAGUCCACUCCCAAUCGCUUCACCAAGAUGAGCCAGGGCCGCAGCUGGAACACGGGCAACGGCUCUCCAGAUGCCAUCUGUCUGACGGUGGACAAGCCCGGCGUGGUGCUGGUGGGCUUCUGUGUCUAUGGUGGCGGGGGCAUCCAUGAGUAUGAGUUGGAGGUGCUCGCUGAUGACGCCCAGACAGAGCACCCCGGGGACUCGGCCCACACCCAUAGGUGGACGUCUCUGGAGCUGGUCAAGGGAACCUACAGCACCGAUGACUCCCCCAGCGACAUUGCCGAGAUACGCCUCGACAAGGCCGUGCCACUCAAGGAGGGUGUGAAAUACGCUGUCCGCCUGCGUAACUAUGGUAGCCGAACAGCCAAUGGGGACGGAGGGAUGACCACGGUUCAGUGUUCUGACGGCAUGGCCUUCACCUUCAGCACCUGUAGCCUGAGCAGCAACGGGACCAACCAGACCAGAGGACAGAUACCACAGAUACUGUACUACAGGAGUGAGUAUGACGGGGAUCUGCAGUCCCAGCUGCUGAGCAAAGCCAAUGAAGAGGACAAGAACUGCAGCAGGGCUCUCUCAGUGGUCAGUGCAGUGGUCAGAGCUGCCAAAGAUCUACUUCACAGGGCGUUCGCUGUGGAUGCGGAGGAAAUCCCUGAGCUGCUGAGCUCUUCCAGUCUGUUCUCUAUGCUGCUCCCCCUCAUCCUGGCCUACAUCGGCCCUGUGGCUACCUCAGUACCCAAGGCCGCAGUGGAAGUCUUUGGUCUGGUCCAGGAGUUACUUCCUGCUGCCUCCGCUCUGAACCAGAAAUAUGCCCCACCGGCUUUCAACCCCAACCAAUCAACAGACAGCACUACGGGCAACCAGCCGGAGCAGGGCCUAUCAGCUUGCACCACCUCCAGUCACUAUGCUGUGAUAGAGAGUGACCACCCUUACAAGCAGGCCGGAGUCGCACAGUAUAAGGUGUCGUUCCCGGACUGCGUGCGGUGGACCACCAUCGAGUUUGACCCCCAGUGUGGCACGGCCCAGCCCGAGGAUGUCCUCCGCCUGCUCAUCCCGAGCCGCUCAAUCCACCUGUCCAGCCUCGGCACCAAGCCCCUGGCCCAUGACACCAUCAACACUUGGGUGGAGCUCAAGAAGAUCUCCGGCUCCAAUGGCUGGCCCACCACCGUUCUAGUGCUGCCAGGAAACGAGGCCCUGUUCUCCUUGGAGACGGCCUCUGACUACGUAAAAGACGAGAAGGCCUGUUUCUACGGCUUCAAAUGUGUUGCCGUGGGAUACGAAUUCAACCCUGGACCAGAUGAGGGUAUUAUCCAGCUGGAGAAGGAGUUGGCAUACUUGGGCAGUGUGUGUGCUGCUGCUCUUAUGAAGAAGGAUCUGGCUCUGCCUAUAGGGAACGAACUUGAAGAGGACCUUGAGAUUCUUGAAGAGGCCUCUCUCCAGGUGUGUAAGGCCCACUCAGGUAUCCUGGGCAAGGGGCUGGUCCUGUCCCACUCCCCCACCAUCCUAGAGGCUCUGGAGGGCAACCUGCCCCUGCACCUGCAGACCAACGAGCACUCCUUCCUGGAGGACUUCAUUACCUGUGUGCAGAACUCCAGCGGAGGACGCCUGGCCAGGUGGCUGCAGCCAGACUCGUACGCAGACCCCCAGAAGACGUCUCUGAUUCUGAACAAGGAUGACAUCCGCUGCAGCUGGCCCACCACAGUGGCCGUCCAGACCAAAGACCAGUACGGAGACAUAGUGCACGUGCCAAACAUGAAGGUGGAGGUGAAGGCGGUGCCCGUCUCCCAGAAGAAGUCCAUGCAGCAGGAGUGCAUGAGGAAGCUGCAGCGUCUCCCAGGCAGCACCAACCCCUCCUUCUCGGGCACGGCUGACCUUACGUUCGGGGGCCUGCCCAUGCCGAAGCUGGAGGCCACCUAUGAGCCCAUGAUCGUCAAGGAAGCGCGCUACAUUGCCAUCACAAUGAUGAAGGCCUAUGAGAAUUACUCAUUUGAGGAGCUUCGCUUUGCUUCACCCACUCCAAAGAGGCCCAGUGAGAACAUGUUGAUCCGGGCUAACACAGACGGGACAUACAGUGCCAACUGGACCCCCGGGGCUGUGGGCCUCUACACAAUCCACGUCACCAUUGACGGCAUUGAGAUCGAUGCUGGUCUGGAGGUGGAGGUGAAAGACCCUCCUAAAGGCAUGAUCCCACCUGGCACACAGAUGGUCAAACCCAAGGCCGAGCCCCAACCUAGCAAGGUCCGCAAAUUUGUGUCCAAGGACAGCGCAGGCCUCCGUGUGCGUAGUCACCCUUCCCUGCAGAGCGAACAGAUAGGCAUAGUGCAAGUCAAUGGCACCAUCACUUUCAUUGAUGAGAUCCACAAUGAUGAUGGUGUUUGGCUCAGGCUGAAUGAUGAGACAGUAAAGAAGUAUGUGCCCAACAUGAAUGGGUACACUGAAGCCUGGUGCCUCUCUUUUAACCAGCAUGUGGGCAGGAGCCUGCUGGUCCCAGCCAACGUGGUAAACACGGAGGGGACGUGGGUGCAGCUGGACAAAAACAGUGUGGUGGAGUUCUGCGAGAGCGACGAAGGAGAGGCCUGGUCUCUGGCCCGAGACCGUGGGGGAAACCAGUACCUACGCCAUGAGGAAGAACAAACCCUUCUGGAGCACGAGGCCCAGACCCCACCACCUAGCCCCUUCUCUGUCCAGGCCUUCAACAGGGCUACUGCAGCCAAUGGGGCACAGGGCUUUGACUACGGUAUCUCAAACAACAAAGGUGACCAAAGGUUGACUGCCAUACUGAAUAGUGCCAUUCAGUCUGGGCCCUUCCUCCCUCCAGCUGCUCCUCCCUCCUCUUCCUCCGUAUUUGAGCAAGCCGCCCAACCUCCCUCCUCCUCCCUUGUCCACAGCCCAUUUGUGUUUGGACAAUGCCCCAGGUCCCAAGUGUCUCAGCCGCAGCCACAGCUUCCGAAUGGUUCUUCAUCACGCAGCCUUGCUUCUUCUCACGAGCGGGUGCACAAAAGCAGUGUGUCCGCGGCUGGGCAUGGUUCUGCACUCUCAUCUCUUGCUCUCAGGCAAAAGGGUAACUUAGGGGCGCGGCCCAUGUCCCCGGCCACCAAACAACGACUGGAAAGUCGCUCCCCAAAACAGGAGGGGCGUGGCGGUCGCGCCUCGGAACAGUCCAAAAGUAAAGAUCCGCCGGCCAGCGAGGCACUUAUCCUGCGGUCGGACACUGCCAAGUUGCGGUCGGACUCCCAUAGCCGCUCCCACUCGCCCAACCACAACACCCUGCAGGCACUGAAGGCCGACGGGCGCGAUCGUAACUCCUCCGGGCUGCGCGCCGAGUCGCCUAACCCUGGCUCCCGCUCCACCUCGCCCAAACAGAAGGGCCUUUCCUCCACCUCUGGGAGGUCUAGCCCCUCCAGCACCUCCUCACCCCGCUCCUCCACCCAGCACGACAAGAACUUUGCUCAGGACAAGAACCAACCAAUUGACAAGAAUAUGCCACAAGACAAGAACCAACCAAUUGACAAGAACAUGCCACAAGACAAGAACCAACCCCAUGACCAGAACCUCCCUCCCAAUGUCAGCCCCUCCAAGGCUCGGCUGGACCCGCCCAGAGAAAGGUCCAAGUCGGACUCGUACACCCUGGACCCGGACACCCUGAGGAAGAAGGUCCCUCUCACCUCAGAGCCUCUAAGGGGAAGGUCCACCUCGCCCAAACCCAAACUACCACCCAAGGACGGGAGCAGCAAAGGAGGAGAUAGGAAUGCGGAGAACCGCACCCCGUCGCCCCAUGUGACCCAGGAGAACCUCCACAGCGAGGUGGUGGAGGUGUGCACGUCUAGUGCUCUUCUUUCCAAUGAUGAUGAGGGAAACAAUGAAAACGUGGAGGUGAGGAAUGCAGAGGAGGGCUCCUCAAAGGUGCACUUCAGCAUCGGCAAGGCACCCGUGAAGGAGGAGCUGGAGAGCAGCCGCUUGUCGCCCAAAGUCAGCCGCAAGACCUCCAGCCGACACGUGCGCCCCAAGAAGGACAAGUCGGGCCCGCUCUUCAAGGGUGAGAGCUCGUCGAGGGUCACCGAGCCCGCCAAGCAGGCCAUGUCACCCUCAGUUGCAGAGUGUGCCCGGGCGGUCUUCGCCGCGUUCCUCUGGCACGAGGGUAUCGUCCACGACGCCAUGGCCUGCUCCUCGUUUCUCAAGUUCAACCCAGAGCGGACCAAGGAGCAUGCGCCCAUCCGCAGCUCGCUGGGUGGCCAGGGUGGCCAAGAGGAGAAGGAAAGCAAGCUGAAGAACCGCCACUCACUGGAGAUAUCCUCGGCCCUCAAUAUGUUCAACAUCUCCCCGCAUGGGCCAGACAUCUCCAAGAUGGGCAGCAUCAACAAGAACAAGGUCCUGUCAAUGCUCAAAGAGCCUCCCCUGCCCGAAAAGUGUGAGGAUGGCAAGGGGGAGCACGUCUCCUUCGAGGUGGCCACUCACCCUACCAUGAGGGCUAAGUCCAUCCUGCCGCUCACCCUCCAGCACCUUGUUGCAUUCUGGGAGGACAUCUCAAUGGCAACCAUCAAGGCAGCCACCCAAAACAUGAUUUUCCCCAGCCCGGGCUCCAGCGCCAUCCUGAAGAAAAAGGAGAACGAGAAGGACACUAAGAAGUCCAAGAAGGAGAAAAAGAAAAGAGACAAGGCGGAGGUGCGCCCCAGGGGGAACCUGUUUGGGGAGAUGGCCCAGCUGGCCAUGGGGGGACCGGAGAAGGACACCAUCUGUGAGCUGUGUGGGGAGUCGCACCCCUACCCUGUCACCUACCACAUGAGGCAGGCCCACCCAGGUUGUGGUCGCUAUGCGGGAGGCCAGGGCUAUAACAGCAUUGGCCACUUCUGUGGGGGCUGGGCGGGAAACUGUGGAGAUGGCGGGAUCGGAGGAAGCACCUGGUACCUGGUGUGUGACCGUUGCAGGGAGAAGUACCUACGAGAGAAGCAGACUGCAGCCAGGGAAAAGGUGAAGCAGUCGAGGAAGAAGCCCCUGCAGGUGAAGACGCCACGGGCGCUUCCCACCAUGGAGGCCCACCAGGUGAUCCGUGCCAACGCCCUGUUCCUGCUGUCCUUAAGCAGUGCUGCUGAGCCCAGCCUGCUGUGCCACCACCCGCCUCGCCCGCUCCACUCCACACUGCCCAGCCUCAAGGAGGGUGUCUCGGACGAGAUUCCCAACAAGAUCGGCUGCCUCUACCUGCAGACGCUGGCCAGGCAACACACAGAGAACUUUGGUGGGUACACAGAUGACAACCUGUUCCAGGACGAGAUGAGGUACCUGCGCUCCACAUCUGUCCCUGCGCCCUACAUCUCAGUCACCCCUGACGCUUGCCCCAACGUGUUUGAGGAGCCCGAGAGCAACAUGAAAUCCAUGCCCCCCAGUCUAGAGACCAGCCCAAUCACAGACAGUGACUUGUCCAAGCGGACGGUGUUCCAGAGGUCCUACUCUGUGGUGGCCUCUGAGUACGACAAGCAGCAUUCGGCCUCCCCGGCCAGGGUCAAAGCCGUGCCCAGACGCAGAGUCCACAGUGGGGAUGCAGAAGUGGGUUCCUCUCUGUUGCGCCACCCGUCCCCGGAACUGUCCCGUCUAAUAUCGGCCCAUGGAUCCCUCAGUAAGGGCGAGAGGAACUUCCAGUGGCCUGUCCUGGCCUUCGUCAUCCAGCACCACGACCUGGAGGGUCUGGAGGUGGCCAUGAAGCAUGCCCUCCGCAAGUCUGCCUGCAGGGUCUUCGCCAUGGAGGCAUUCAACUGGCUGCUGUGUAACGUCAUCCAGACCACUUCGCUGCACGACAUCCUGUGGCACUUUGUCGCCUCCCUCACCCCGUCACCAUUUGAACCCGAGGAAGAAGAGGAGGAUGAAAAUAAAGCCCAUGGGAACAAGGAAAUUGUGAUUGAGCAGGAGAGGGACUUUGGAGUGUGUGAGCACCCGCUGUCUGACAUUGUGAUUGCCGGGGAGGCCGCCCACCUCCCACACACCUUCCACCGCCUCCUCCAGACCAUCUCUGACCUCAUGAUGUCACUUCCUAGUGGCAGCUCCCUGCAGCAGAUGGCCCUCAGGUGUUGGAGUCUGAAGUUCAAACAGUCAGACCACCAGUUCCUGCACCAGAGCAACGUGUUCCACCACAUCAACAACAUCCUGUCCAAGUCGGACGAUGGCGACAGCGAGGAGAGCUUCAACAUCAGUGUGCAGUCUGGCUACGAGGCCAUGAGCCAGGAGCUGUGCCUGGUGACCAGUCUGAAGGACCUGACCAUCUUGGUGGACAUCAAGACGUCCAGCCGACCUGCCAUGAUUGGCAGCCUAACGGACGGCUCCACUGAGACCUUUUGGGAGUCGGGAGAUGAGGACAAAAACAAGACCAAGAGCAUCACCAUCAGCUGCGUCAAGGGCAUCAACGCCUCCUACGUCACCGUGCACGUGGACAACUCCCGCGAUAUCGGGAACAAAGUCACCUCCGUGACGUUCCUGUGUGGCAAAGCCGUGGAGGACCUCUGCAGAAUCAAACAGAUCGACCUCGACUCGCGUCACAUGGGCUGGGUGACCAGCGAGGUUCCUGGGGGAGACCACCAUGUGAUCAAGGUGGAGCUGAAGGGGCCCGAGAACACGCUGCGGGUGCGCCAGGUCAAGGUGUUGGGAUGGAAGGAGGGCGAGAGCAUCAAGAUUGCGGGGCAGAUCUCGGCCAGCGUGGCCCAACAGAAGAACUGUGAGGCCGAGACACUCCGCGUGUUCCGCCUCAUUACCUCACAGGUGUUUGGGAAGCUGAUCUGCGGAGAUGCUGAGCCCACCCCUGAACAGGAGGAGAAGAACCUGCUGUCAUCACCAGAAGGAGAGGAUAAGGCGCCUUCAGAUGCAGACCUGAAGGAACACAUGGUGGGCAUAAUUUUCAGUCGGAGCAAGCUGACCAACCUGCAGAAACAGGUGUGUGCCCACAUAGUCCAGGCCAUUCGCAUGGAGGCGACCCGUGUGCGUGAGGAAUGGGAGCAUGCCAUCUCCAGCAAGGAAAACGCCAACUCGCAGCCCAGCGAUGACGACGCCUCCUCAGACGCCUACUGCUUCGAGUUGCUCUCCAUGGUGCUGGCACUGAGCGGCUCCAACGUGGGCCGCCAAUACCUGGCCCAGCAGCUAACACUGAUGCAGGACCUGUUCUCGCUGCUGCACACGGCCUCGCCGCGUGUCCAGAGACAGGUGACCUCUCUCCUCCGUCGUGUCCUCCCCGAGGUGACGCCUGUGCGCCUGGCCAGCAUCAUCGGCGUCAAGGCCCUGCCGCCUGCUGAUAUCAGUGACAUCAUCCACUCGACUGAGAAGGGUGACUGGAACAAGCUGGGCAUCCUGGACAUGUUCCUGGGCUGCAUCGCCAAGGCACUCACCGUGCAGCUCAAGGCCAAGGGGACCACCAUUUCCGGCACGGCGGGCAUGGCGGCAGGCAAAGGUGUUACCACGGUCACACUGCCCAUGAUCUUCAACUCCAGCUACAUUCGCCGGGGGGAGAGCCACUGGUGGAUGAAGGGAUCCACUCCCCCUCAGAUUGCUGAGAUCAUCAUCAAGCUGGUCAAAGACAUGGCUGCCGGACACCUGUCGGACGCCUGGUCUCGGGUGACGAAGAACGCCAUUGCUGAGACCAUCAUCGCCCUCACCAAGAUGGAGGAGGAGCAUCGCUCGCCAGUCCGCUGCAUCGCCACCACCCGGUUGUGGCUGGCCCUGGCCUCUCUGUGUGUGUUGGACCAGGAUCAUGUGGACAGGCUGUCCUCGGGCCGCUGGAUGGGCAAAGAUGGACAGCAGAAACAGAUGCCUAUGUGCGAUAACCAUGACGACAGCGAGACUGCAGCCAUCAUCCUGUGUAACAUGUGUGGUAACCUGUGUACCGACUGUGACCGCUUCCUCCACCUGCACCGACGCACACGCUCCCAUCAGAGACAGGUGUUUAAGGAGGAAGAGGAGGCAAUCAAAGUGGACCUCCACGAGGGCUGUGGGAGGACAAAGCUCUUCUGGCUCAUGGCUCUGGCCGACUCUAAGACCAUGAAGGCCAUGGUGGAGUUUAGGGAGCACACAGGGAAACCAGCCUCCAGCAGCUCAGACGCCUGUAGGUUCUGUGGCACCAGGAACGGCACCGAGCUCUCAGCCGUGGGCAGUGUCUGCUCUGACCCAGACUGCCAGGAGUAUGCAAAGCUGGCGUGCAGUAAGACGCAUGCGUGCGGCCACCCCUGUGGCGGGGUGAAGAACGAAGAGAGCUGCCUGCCCUGUCUGCACGGCUGCGACAAAAGCACAGGCUGCCUGAAACAGGACGCUGACGACAUGUGUAUGAUCUGCUUCACAGAGGCGCUCUCUGCCGCUCCCGCUGUCCAGCUGGACUGCAGUCACGUGUUCCAUCUCCAGUGUACCCGUCGUGUUCUGGACAACCGCUGGCUCGGACCCAGGAUCACUUUUGGCUUCAUGUCCUGCCCAAUCUGCAAGAACAAGAUCAACCACUCGGUCAUCAAGGACCUGCUGGACCCUAUCAAGGAGCUGUUUGAGGACGUACGGAGGAAAGCUCUGAUGAGAAUGGAGUACGAGGGUCUGCACAAGAGCGAGGCCAUCACCACGCCCGGUGCCCGCUUCCACAAUGAUCCGGCCGGCUUCGCAAUGAACCGAUACGCCUACUACGUCUGCUACAAGUGCAAGAAGGCGUACUUUGGGGGAGAGGCGCGCUGUGACGCGGAGGCAGGACAGGGAGACGACUACGACCCCAGCGAGCUGAUAUGUGGAGCAUGCUCAGACGUGUCCAGGGCACAGAUGUGUUCCAAGCACGGGACAGACUUUCUGGAGUACAAAUGCCGUUACUGCUGCUCGGUGGCUGUUUUCUUCUGCUUCGGCACCACUCACUUCUGUAACGCCUGCCAUGAUGACUUCCAGAAGAUGACCAGUGUGCCCAAGGAGGAGCUGCCUCACUGUCCUGCAGGUCCCAAAGGCAAGCAGUUGGAGGGGACGGAGUGCCCCUUACACGUGGUUCACCCUCCCACCGGCGAGGAGUUUGCCCUGGGCUGUGGAGUGUGCAGGAAUGCCCAUACCUUCUAAAAUCACCCAGUUCUGAAAACCCAGAGACCUGUACCGAACACUCGUUCUUCUUCUGUGACUGCAGGCUGUUGGCUGCAGCCGGGGCCCAGCCUGUCAAGUAUUUCCUCGUGUUGGCUCUCGUUGUCAGGUGGCCAUGGACACUGUUUCAGGUAUUUCUAACGUACCCAAGAGUCCCAAGUUGUGCUCUUCGACAUACCAAUCAAAGUCUUCAAGGCUUUACUACAAAAAAGAGCUCUCUGUGGAUUCCAGAGGAAACUCCCAUGUAAAAAAAAAUAUUAUUAGUAUUAUUAUUUUUUUUAACUUGUGACAUGUUUGCAUGCGGCCGUUGUAACCCCUCGGCUUCCAUAGACGUUGCACACCUCCCCGAUCACUGAAGUGUAAAAAAGUAUUUAAAAAUUGUAUAUGAAAUACAUUUUGCUUAGGCAACUGUGGAUGGACUUGGAUAUAUAAAAGGAAAAAAAAUGUGACAGGCCUUAUUUCCAGCUUCCUAACUAUGAAUUCUAAAUAUUGUUGUAUGUAAACAUACUUUUUUCCCGUAAUCCUGUACAGUAUUCUCUCCACUGUCGAGUGCAUCAGGGGACAACAACAAAAAAAGAGGAGAAUUCUGAUGAGGGGGUGAAAAAGUGUACGAUUUAUCUAAUCUUGUAUAUAAUGAUAGUAUCCAAAAUAGCUGUAUUCCGAAGUUGCUACUCUACACUUCAGUUUCGUUUGAUAUUCUGGGUUAUGUUUUGAGCCAGAACUUUUAAUGAAGUGCAAUACUGAGUGUGCCUCCUAUCUUGCAGCAGUUUAACCUAUGGAAUGUAUGUCAAUAAAAGCCACUGUACUUUUUUAUACAGUGAUAAACACAGUCGUGUAUUACCCCAAUUCAAAAUGUCAGAUCACUUAUGUUCUCUGAAAAUGCAGCGGAUCCCAGCGUCUUCAGUGUAUGAAGGUUGAUUGAUGUGAACCCUUUUUUUAGUUCCUCAAUUAGACAAAUAACGUGGUGGUACAAACUUUUUUUCUGUCAUUUUUUUUAAACAACUGAGAAGGUUGUAUAGGCUACCAUUGUAUUGUAAAGGAGUGCUAACUGAACGUGUUGGGGGCCAUUCUUCUUCACCAAAUAUAAAAAAUAAUUGUGAUUCUGUAAUGCUUCUCCAUCAUUAGGAGGCAGGCGGGACAUGGGUAUGGGGGUUUGAGAGAAAAAACAAACAGCUGCUGUUAUAAAAGCUUAAUACUUGUGAUUCUGUAUCUGUGAUGGAUGGAGUUGAAUGGUAAUAAACCAGGUUCUCUGUUUCGCAAGGUACAUUCAA